AUGCCAAAUAUAUUUACCCAAAACUUGGGCGAGACCCCUCGCCAGGCCUUGAACUGGAGGCUGGGAUAUGCCAUCCUGUGUUUUGGUCUGAUGGGUGCUAGUCGAGGUAUUGACGAGGGUCUUAUAUCUGGAACUGUCCAACAAAAGGCUUUCAUUUCAAAAUAUCGUCUUAAUGACCCUCUUUUGAGCGAGUCAGAGAAGGCUAACCUCCUCGGUAAUAUCACGGCAAUGGUGCAAAUUGGAAGUAUUGGCGGGGCAUUGCUGGCUUUCCUCAUCACAGACAAGAUUGGUCGUCUCUGGGCAACUCGGCAGCUUUGUGUCAUCUGGAUAGUUGGUAUCGUCAUCUUCAUUACAGCCAAUGGUCACAUCGGUCAGGUAUAUGCUGGGCGAUUCAUUGCCGGCCUCGGAAUCGGACAGACAGCAGUGGUUGCUCCCACAUACCUGGCUGAAAUAUCUCCCCGCGCUAUCCGUGGUCUUUGCAUCUGCUCGUUUUCCGGUUCAGUGUAUCUUGGUAUCAUGUUGAGUUACUUCUCUAGCUGGGGUGCUGCCCUUCAUAUCAGCAGCAAGUCCCAGAACCAAUGGAUUGUCCCAACCAGUCUUCACCUUAUGUUUGCUGGAAUUAUUCUUCUUUUGUCAAUUGGUGUACACGAAUCUCCUAGGUAUCUCGCUAGUAAGGGUGAGAAAGAAUUGGCAACUUCCACCAUGGCAAAAAUUCGCAACCUGCCGGAGGAUCACCCAUAUGUUCAAACCGAGAUGAUGGAUAUUUUUGAGCAAGUUGAGCGUGAGAAGGAGGCCACUAUGGGACUUGGCUGGAUUGGGCCUCUAAAGGAACUCUUCAUGACUCCUUCGAACCGAUACCGCAUUAUGCUUGGACUGAUGUCUCAGCUCCUGGCUCAGUGGUCUGGCGCAAACAGUAUCACCAUCUAUGCGCCUACUUUCUUCGCUAUGUUGGGAACAACCGGCCAGUCUGAAAAGCUGUUUGCAACCGCUAUCUUCGGUGUUGUGAAGCUGGUCGCUUCGGUCGUAUGCGCGCUGUUCCUAGUUGAUAUGCUAGGAAGGAAACGCGCCCUUACUUAUGGCAUCAUCCUUCAGUUCUUGAGUAUGCUGUAUGUGGCUAUUUAUCUGACAGUCGUUCCAGAAAUAACGGAGCACUUCAAGCCACAAGGAAAUGCCAAAAGAGCCGGAACAGGGGCUAUCGUGGCCAUUUACAUCUCUGGAGUCGGAUGGGCACUUGGCUGGAAUAGCAUCCAGUAUCUCAUCAACGCCGAGAUUUUCCCUCUCCGAGUCAGAGCCCUCGGGUCCUCUAUGGUGAUGUGUUUCCACUUUGCCAAUCAAUAUGGUAACUCGAAAGCUGUUCCAUCUAUGCUACUUGAUACCGCCAUGAAGCCCCAGGGCACAUUCUUCUUCUUCGCUGCUGUCACCUUGCUCGGUUUGAUGUGGAUGUGGUUCUUCCUCCCGGAGACUGCGGGCAAAUCCCUCGAAGCCAUGGACGAGAUGUUCAACCUGCCGUGGUACGUCAUUGGGCGAAAAGGCGCUGCAUUGACGGCCGGCGCUGGGCACGCAGAGAACUACACGAAAGACGACAUUGAGAAGGAAAUCCACCAUGAGGUAGCCCAUGAUGAACGAGUUACGAGCAGUAGCAAGUAG